AUGGCCGUCACCCUGUACACAACCCAUGGCGAUCUCAAACUUGAGCUCUUCUGUAGCGCCUGCCCCAAGACAGCAUACAACUUUCUCGCCCUCUGCGCAUCCGACGCCUACAAUGACUCGCCCUUCCACCGUCUCAUCCCAUCCUUCAUGAUCCAAGCUGGUUCGCCUGCCGCCACUUCCACCAAGGACAGUCCUAGCGUCUAUGGUCAACCCUUUGAAGAUGAAAUCAAGUCGCAACUCAAGCACAACCAACGUGGUAUUCUGAGCAUGGCCAACAAGGGUCCCAACACCAACGGCAGCCAGUUUUUUCUCACCUUCGACAAGGCCCCUCACCUUGAUGGAAAAAACACAGUCUUUGGUCGCGUCAUAGAAGGCUGGGACACACUCGACAAGAUGGAAUCAAUUCAGGUCGACAAGAAGAACAGACCUAAAGACCCUAUCCGCAUCCAGCGCGUUCACGUUCACGCCAACCCUAUCGCCGACGAGCAGAGAUGA